AUGUCUCGUUCGCAGAUGACGACCGGCAAAGAUUUACUCGCAAUGAGCGACGCACAGCUCUGCGAAUUUAUGAAAAGAAACCGCCAACCUGACGGCUCAUUCGACCUUUCUGUUGAUUGUACCGUAUUAUCCAAAGACGAGCGGGAUUGUCUUGCUAGAAGACUACGAUUGAUACAACGAGAAGUGACCGACAAGCCCGCGGCGAACUCGCGUCCGCUUGACCUGGACAAGCUCGACGCGCUUCUGCGUGAUGUGGCCAGCAGAGAAGAUUCCCAAUCUCGCGACCGACCGCGUGCAAGGGAAAGUGAAACCCAAUCGCCGGAUGAAAGUCCGCAAGAGACGUAUAAGCGAGAAGAGAUGGAAGCGUAUAAUAAUCUUGUUAAUGAUGGUGGCCACCCACUGUACCAAAUCGACCUCCUGGAAUCUGUUUCAAAAGACCCUGAUGCGUACUGCGAGAUGCUGACCCCAUUUCGGCGACCGCCGCGAUGGGGUAAAUCAGAGAUGGAUACCUUUAACGUUCGAGACGCAAUACGAAGACAAUGGCACCGGUGGCAGAAUUUCCGAAAAUGGCAACUUAAUAACAGGGGGAUUGAUUACAAAGAUGCUAAUGAUGAGGAGGUCUUUUCGGCUCAUGUUGAGAAAACAAAGCGCCAUUAUAGAGAAGUAGGUUGGGAUGAACAGGCAGCUAGGCUUGAGACCGACCCAACCUCUUUGAAGCAGCCAGGCAACUGGUGGCAUUAUCUUCAAAGACACCAUGACUGGCAGCGCCGAUACCAGCGGGAGCUUGGAUGCGAAAGCUUCUCUGAUUACCAGGGCGCUGUGAAGGCGCGAUUAGCUCGGCAUGGCUUCACACGAUCGUUCUAUCUAGCGGAGGACCCCAAGCAACAAGAUAAAUUGACAACAUGGAUCGAAUACCUAUGCUUUGAGUACUGGUGGCUUGACCGUUAUACUGCAACAAAAGAGCGCCUAAAGUCAAAGCACGAUGAUGCUUGGAUUGAGGUAAAGAACCAGGGAGUGGUAAAAGAGGGCGAAACUCCGGGAUUUAUCCGCACGGACGAGUCUGCUAUGCGACGUCAAGAUGCUAAAGACCGUGCAUCGAAGGCCAUGAAAGACGCAGAAUUGGAAGCAGAAAAGAUUUACCACGCAACGCAGACGGACCCCGAUCGCUUUAGCAUUCCUAAGGAACGGCGCGUGCGAAUGUUAGUCAAGGCUAGGAGAAGACUCUCAAAAGCAAAAGAAACGGUUGAAUUUCUUAAACGGCGAAGUCAGCUUCUCAUUGGGUUCGUCCGUGGAACCUUUGGCUAUGAUGAUGCCAACCAAGAUGUAGUUAACCAGAUGAAUCUUUUGAAAUGGGCUGUGGCGCAGACUCGCUCAAUCGAGGACGAACAGAAAGCUGCGACCUUGGGGAGAGAGGCUACGAGGAAGAGGAGAGAAUCAGCCGAAGACAGCUGCAUAGUAGAGCCAAGUUCCAAAAAACAGAAGUCAUGUGCUUCAGAGAAUGGCUCACAACCAAGCAACAGCAGAAUCGGCACGAGAGACAGAAGAUCAUUACGCAGCAGGGAUAUCCCAUCAGAAGACAUCAACCGACAACUUGACCAAGAAGGCAAUCACUGCACGGCGCAGGCUGUGCCUUUGACGGAAGCCGAGGCAGAACCUGUAACCUCGGGGCAGAGGAAAAAAGUCGCAUUCCAAGAUGACUCUUCAACGCCGCCAAGGCGUAGGAAAUCGAAGUCAAAUGCCAGUCGUCACGACUCGCAAACCAGCGACAGAGUCUCACGAGCACGGAAUCGCCCAACAACAAGCGCAAGUCAGCACCCAGAUCAGCACCAAACUCAACGCGUACAGGAUGCAAAGUCCAGCAGCAAGUCACCCAAGCCCAAGGUGCCGUCUCAGGAAUUAACCCAAGGAUUACGUCGCAGCGCUCGACUCAAGGCAUUACGUCGCGGAGCAUGA